GGUCAUUCCUUGAUUAUUCUAUGCACAUAAUCCAAAUUGGUUUCUUACUCUUCUUUUUUGUACAGUAGUUCCUUGAAUUAAAAAAACCCAACACAAGAAUUUCAAAUCUGAGUUUAAUUUUUGGGAUUUUUUUUUGUUUCUGAUCUUGAUGUUGUCUCCUCACAAACAAUUAUCGCCUUUUUGGUUUCUUCUUCUUUUAUUUCUAUGGAGUAUUUCAAUUUUUAUGGUAGAAUCAACAUGCAAAAAAGGGUGCCCUUUAGCUUUAGGUUCAUUCUAUGUAUGGCCAGGGGCAAACAUCACAUUCAUAGCCCAAGUGCUGGGAACUACUACAGGUGAUGUACUCAGUUAUAACCCAAGUGUUCCUGACAAAGAUAGGGUUCAAUCUGGUUCCAGGGUCAAUGUUCCUUUCUCCUGUGAUUGCCUCAAUGAUGGCCAAUUUCUGGGUCAUAUGUUUGAGUAUAGGGUUCAAAAGGGUGAUACUUACAUCAGAGUUGCGCAGACAUACUAUUCAGAUCUUACUACUGCAAGUUGGAUUCAGAAAUUCAAUAGUUUCCCCGCAACUAAUAUACCUGAAAAUUCCAUUGUUAACGUACCUGUUAAUUGCUCUUGUGGGAGUAGUGAUAUUGAUAAGAGUUAUGGUUUGUUCUUGACUUACCCUCUGCGUGCUGAGGAUAGUUUGAGCUCUAUUGCUCAGUAUUCGAAUUCGACCCCGAGUUUGCUGCAGAGUUAUAACCCAAAUGUGAAUUUUAGUGCUGGAACUGGGAUUGUGUUCAUUCCUGCUAAAGAUAAAACUGGACAGUAUCCUCCUCUGCCAAGCUCAGCAGGACUUUCUGGUGUAGUCAUUGCCGUUAUAUCUGUGGCAGUCGUAGCUGUUGUGAUUAUUUUGGCUAUUUUAUUUGUGCGUAUGAGAAGAAAGAGAAUGAAGAAGGCUUCAAUAAUCCUUGGCAAGCCUGAAGAGGUGUUACCACGGUCUGUUUAUGGAAGUUCCCAUAAUGCAAGUUCCAUGGAUGCUGGAAACAUGGGUGUGACUGUUGACAAAUCAGUUGAGUUCUCCUAUGAAGAGCUUGCGCAAGCAACAGAAAACUUCAGCAUGGCUAACAAGAUUGGUUCAGGUGGUUUUGGGGAUGUUUUUUAUGCAGAGCUGAGAGGGGAGAAAGCAGCUGUCAAGAAGAUGGAUAUGCAAGCAUCUAAAGAAUUUCUUGCUGAGUUAAAGGUUUUGACUCGUGUUCAUCACUUGAAUCUGGUUCGCUUGAUUGGAUAUUGUGUUGAAGAGUGUCUUUUCCUGGUAUAUGAAUUUAUAGAGAAUGGCAAUUUAAGCCAACAUUUGCGUGGCUCAGGAAAAGACCCACUAACCUGGCCUACCAGAGUGCAAAUUGCCCUUGAUUCAGCAAGGGGUCUUGAGUACAUUCAUGAGCACACAGUCCCUGUUUAUAUCCACCGUGACAUUAAAUCUGCCAAUAUACUGAUAGACAAGAGCUGCCAUGCAAAGGUUGCAGAUUUUGGAUUGACCAAGCUGACUGAAGUUGGAAAUAAUUCUGCUCCCACACGUCUUGUGGGUACAUUUGGAUAUAUGCCUCCAGAGUAUGCUCAGUAUGGUGAGGUCUCUCCAAAAGUUGAUGUUUAUGCAUUUGGAGUUGUCCUCUAUGAGCUUAUAUCAGCCAAGGCAGCUGUAGUGAAGCAAAAUUUCUCUGGUCCUGACUCAAAGGGCCUUGUCGGUAUGUUUGAGGUUGUUCUCAAACAGAAUGACCAAAACGAGAUUCGUAAACUGGUGGAUCCUAGGCUGGGGGACGACUACCCUAUUGACUCGGUUUGUAAGGUGGCACAACUUGCAUAUAAGUGCACUCAAGAGGAUCCUCAUCUAAGGCCAAGCAUGAGGUCUGUUGUGGUAAACUUAAUGACUCUGUCAUCCACAACAGGUGAGUGGGACACAGGUGCCUACUACGAAAGCCAUCUUGCAAAAGUAAGAUCUACACAUUAAAAGAGUUUAUGUCACAAUGGAUGAAAAGAAGAAAGGCGAGAAUGUAAAGGGUCGUGUUGAAAUGUUGGCGAAAUUUCUUUUGCCAUUACAACUCUGUAUAUAGGCAAUGUAAUCGUUGUAAUAUGAUCUUGAAGGUUACCUUGCCCAGACACAGCGUUUUGUAGCAGUUGCGAUGAUUAAAUUCAGUAACUGUAAGAAUAUCUGGUGCAGGAGCUGAAAAACAGUCCAUUCUUUCUGGGUGUGUAUUUAUCAGAGGGUUAUUAAAUAAGAGGAGUUUAUUGUUUAA